AGCUCCGUCGUCCUCUUCAAUCUCCGCACACCCAUUGGCUAGUACUUAAACCGUGUUUGUCGUUUUGGGGAAAAGUUUUGCUGGAGGAAAUUGCAGAAAAAUUAGGUAGCUUAUAUUUCGUAAAGUAAGUCUUUUACGUAGUAAAAACAAAUGUCUGCGGGGAAAUAUAGGCGUAACGUUAACAGCAGAGGCUAACGUUACUUCCCUCGGGAUGAGUUCUGAACGUUAGCUAACAGGAGUUUUCGACAAAAUGCUAAUACCAUAACGUUAGCUUUCCUGCAGUUUAACGUGAAAUGACAGAGCAGAGCCUGAGUCCGGGAUGCGGGACUGAUGUGUUGGUCAGUUUUACCGAGUCGCUGCACGUUUACACAGGACUGUUAACAGUGGCUACAGUAUGUGGAGGGCUUUCGGGGAUAGUGGCUGCUGCUCUUCUGUAUGUCUUCUGUCUCAAGCCCCUGCUGUUGACCCGACAAGGUUACAAUGCAAGGCGGCUGCUUGAACCUGAUGAUGGGGAAUUAGACAACAACCAGAGUGACUGUGUCAGCAACAGUAGAAAGGAGGCUCCAAGUGCCACUACAAACGACAAGGAGAAAAAGCAGCCAACCAUGAACAGUGAUGUGGCUGCAUUUGCAUCCAGAGCGAAAGUGGUUUAUCCCAUCAACCAAAAAUACAGACCUUUAGCAGACGGAGCAUCCAAUCCAUCACUGCAUGAGCACUCCAAGUUGCCAGCAAUGCCUAAUGAUGAAUCAUCCUCUUCCUCUGAUGGAGAGUCUCUGAGCCAAGAGCAGGACAAUGAUGACAGCAGUCAGUUUAUCUCCUCCUCGCUGGUUCCCAAGAGCCUGCAGAACCAGAGCUUUACCAGAGUCUCCCACUACCCUCACACAUUAACACAAUCUGGUUUUGAAGGCAGGAUCAGCCUUUACUGUUUGGCCCUGCAGGAUAUACAACAGCAUUGCUCCCAGCUUCAGGAAGAAAAAAAUCUGAUGUUUCUUCACAUGGUGAAAAUAAUAUUUAGUGGUCGUUUUCCAAAAGACAAAAAUGAUGCUGACUUUUCCAAGAAUAUUCUUCACAUGCAAGAAAAGGAACUGAAUGAGCUGAAGAAACAGUUGCCAAAAGGCCACACUGCCAGCGAUACAAAUGAUGAUGCACCCUGUACUUUGGAGGAAAUAGAGAGAGCCCAAAAAGAUCUCCUUGAGCGUGGCCUUCAAGUGUGCAGACGUUUCAGCAAACAGGUGGAAGACUUGUGCCAGCAAAUGCUGAAGAAGACCAGCAUUUUUUCUCCAGAUGAAGCCCAGGAUGUGAUUCUCUCUCUUAUCCAGACUCUUCUGUUAGUUGAGAACCACCUGAUGAACACACAAGAGGAUGAUCUAAAGAGGAUCCAGCAGAAGUUGUUGUGGUGGGAGGAGCUGACUGGACUUCUUCAAUCCCAGCCUGCCUUGCUGAAGCGGGAAGUGUCUCUGAGGCAGGGUUUGAUAGCAACAACACUGGAGCAGCUGACAAGCGAUGACCUCUUGACCUUUAGCCACAUGGAAAUGAUACUUUCAGAGGUUCAAGCAACUCUGGCUGAAGGCCUUCAACAGUGCACUGAGGAGUGCACAAGAAAGAUGAAGGAGCUGGUGAAUGACAAGUGCAGCAGAAUGGAGUCAAAGAGGAAGAAGCUUUUGAGGAGCCAGACCAAAGAGAAGAGCCGUGCUCUGGAAACGAGACCGCCACAUGAAGACCUACAGCAGCUCACCAAGGUGUAUCAGGAGCUGCUGAUGAAACACAGACAGCAGAUUUCUGACUUGGAGCAGCAGCAGGACAGCAGAGUGGCUGAAGUCCUCUGUGACCACUGGAGGAAACUCCGAACCUCCUGGUCAAAGAGGCUCGGAGAGCUAGCCAAGGACAUUUUCCUCACCUCCGUCCCUGCCCAGUCAAACGUCUCUGCUGAGCGCUGUGAGAAGCUGUGGUUGGAUUUGGAGCAGGAGCUGGCUGCACAGCUGCAGCAGGUAGAGUGCAUUACCAAGCUGCAACUGGAGGACAUGAGGGCUCAGCUGGACAAAGAUGAACAGGUAUGGAGUGAGGAGAUGGCUCUGGUGCAGGCGUGUCUCAAACAUCUGAGUGAACAACAGAUGACGAUCCUCCGAGCCAUGGUGGCCAGACAGAGCUACACAAUCGACAGCCGCGUUGGGAAAUUGAUAGAGAGGAAACACGAGCACCUGUUGGUGGCAGUGCAGAGGCACUUUGUGGUCAGGCACAUCUGUCUGCACAUGCUGAAGGAGAUGAGGCUGUCCAAGCUGAAGGCACUCUCACAGACUGAUUUCAGAGCUGUGCUAGUGGAGGAUCCCGGUAAAAGCCAUUCCUGUGUCAAUUCAGCUCUCAAGAAUAGCAGUGCCAGCCUAGCAGAGAGGCAUCUGGGUCCUGAGAGUCAGCUGGUGGGCCACAGCUUCCAGCAGGAGUUGCUGUCUGAACUUGAAACAGGGAUGGAGCUUCUUCAGAACCAUGCACAGCUCGUGCUGGGCAAUGCCCUCAGCCACGGCAUCCAACAGACGAUGGAAACCCUGCCCACUGAGUCGCAGAAACAGGACGAUGGGUUGAAGCACCACCUAACAGAGGCUGCCUCGGAGAGCGUGUAUGUGACCAAAGAUUCUCUAACUGCGCUGGUCCAGAGCUACUAUUCCCAUCUACAGGACAUCAUCAAAAAAUUACAGCAGGAUCAGUCAAACAUAAACCAGGAGGUGAAUGAGGACCAAGAGAGCAGCAGUCAACUGAACAGAUCCUUGCUGAGGGAGCUGGUGAACUGGGGCAAGAAACCCACCUCUGCUGAGUUUCAACAGAGGGUUGAACUCCACAAAAGGAGGGUGUUGGAGCAGUGUGAUCUGGACCAGGAAGCGAUAUAUGAGGAACUGAGGCGGAAGAAAGUAGUUCAGGAUGUGACCAUGGAAAGGAUCAAAGCACAGCUGCUGGAGGCAGAAGAAAGCUUCAUAUCUGAGCUCGCAGGCUUGGCCCGGGUCUCUCUCCACAGUCCAGAUGCAGAAGCCAGUGGUGAAGAGGACAACACUGGUAACGAGAGUGUGACAAUACUGGACCUACUUGCCUUGAACCCAGCAUUAGAUCCAGCCUUGAAUCCUUCACUGACUCCAACUAUUGUAGCACCAGUGGUGAAAUCAAAACCAAAGAAGAAAAGAGAUCAAGAAUCUCACCACAGCUGAAGUCUUAACACAGUAAUGUUUACAUAGUCAAAGAGUAAUGUCCUGUAAAAAGUAUACUCUUACAUGUAUUUCAUAGUUGGUGCCUUUUAAAGUAUUGUUACUACUGCUCUGUUGUUGCCAUUGUGGUUGUUAGGAAGGUACCUCAGGUUUGUUUGCAUUAAAGGGACGGUUCACCCCAAAAUACAUCUUUUCCCUCUUACCUGUAGUGCUAUUUGUCAGGCUAGAUUAUUUUGAUGAGAAUUGUCGAGUGUUGGAGAUAUUGUCUGUGGAGAUGUCUGCCUUAUCGCAAAUAUAUUGGAAAUACUGAAAAUGUAGCAUCAAAAAAUACAUUUGAAAAACUCAACAGCAAGGCCUCUUUCCAAAGAUCAUGACCCAGUUACUGAAGAUAAUCUACAGAUCGUGAUGUGAGCAGCUUCUCGUAGGAACUAUUUUCUUUUUACCAAACUACACCCACCAGCCGCGUUAGUGCACAGAAGGAAGCUUGCAUCUACUGCUAACUUACCGAGGACCACUGAGCUAGCUUACAUCACAGCUCGGUCAGGGAGGACGCCAUUAAUGCUUACAUCUCGCACUUUCACAAGCACAAGCCUCUUGUUCACGAGUAGAUGCACACUUCCUUCUGCACAGUGAUUUAGU